AUGAUUAUAAACGGGUCUAAUAUUCUUGGUCCACAAUUUCCGCCACUUAAUUUUCUCAUCGACAAUGACUCACCUAGUCCAAUAAUUUCUCGUUCAAGAACACCCACACCAGAACGUGUUGAUAAUGAAGAAAAUCGUUCACAAUGCUGCGAAAUUGGCGGGUUGAUGGAAGACAAUAACAGCGUGAGUAAAUGUUCAAUGUGUGGAACAAGAUCACAUUUUCCAAAUAAACAAAUGUCAAAUUAUGUUUGCAGUAUCGAUGGAUCCAAUGCCGUUUUUCCAAAUAAGCGAUUACUUGACCGUCAUAGUUCGAAUCUUAAUUUACACAGAAAACUUUUGUCAACUAACGAUAGAAUUGAAACCUCCCAUCAGAAUCAUGCAGACGAGAAGAGUUUUUCGGAUUUUACUAAUCCAUUGCAAGCUGAACAUCUCGCACGUCUUUAUGUUAAUCCCAAAAACUUAGCGCUUGAGCUUAGAACUUGA